AUGAUUUAAGAAGGUAAAAAUUCAAAAUAUAGAACUUAAUUCAUUUCAGAAUAAAAUCAAAAUAUAGGCUAAUUAAAAAAGCAAAAAAGUGGAGGUCAUUAUUUAUUUUCAGAUUCAUUUAAAAGUCCAUCGGCAAAAUAAGAAAGAAAGUAUGUAUAUGUUAGAAGAUUUGUAAAUGCUCUAAAGAAAAAAGUGGAGGAAAAUAGUUCAAUAUCGAAUGAAUUUAUAGAUUAUGUAGGAGAUAAUGCAGCAUCAAAAUAAUAAAAUGGAUUUAACUUGAACUUUAAAUUACUUUCAACUCAUAUGGAGAUGGAAUUAAAAAUGAAAUUUUAGGAAAAGAUGAAGGAUUUAGUUGCUUCUUCUUUUGGGAAUUUAAUCUUAUGGUUGAGUAGGAUUGAAUUAUUUAAGCCAGAAUCUCCAAUUAAAAUAGUUUGGGAUUUAGCAUCUUUAGUAUCUCGUUUGUACUUUUUAUUUUUAAUACCACUUGAUGUAGUAUGGAAUAAAUACUCAUUUAUGUUUGAUGUCUAUUAUAUUUAGUCAUUUGUAUUUCUGUUGAUCUUAUUUGGAGAUUUAUUAGUAGGACUCAAUACUUCAUAUUAUACAGAAGGAAUUUUAGUAACUGAACGAAAAAAAAUAGUAAAACAUAAUUUUUUGAAGUGCUAUGGAUUAGAAUGGAUAUCUACAAUUUAAAUAAUGAUAUAUCUUAUUUUAAGUCAGAAUGAAGAAAUUCAAACUAAAAUAAAGGAUUAUAAGAUAUAUCUAACAUUAAUAACAUUCUUGGUUCAUUAUAAUACAAUAUAGGAAUGUUUGAUUUAUUAUGAAGAAGGAUUAAAUCUGAAUAAGAAAGCAUCUUCGAUAUUAUAAUUAAUAAAACUAAUUGGUGCACUUUUUUUUAUAGUUCAUUUUUUUUCUUGCUUUUGGUUUUAUGUAAAAUAUAAAUUUAUAUAUAAUAAUAGAUAGGAGAAUACAGUCAUAGAGUAUAUGGUACAAGUUGGAUGGAAAAAAUAGUAGAUGAAGAUUGGACUGUUCAAUAUGUGUAUUCUGUAUAUUUUUCAGCUGUUACUAUUUUUACAGUUGGAUAUGGUGAUGUGACUCCAUAAAGUAAUCUGGAGAAAAUAGUUUGUUGUUUUUUCAUAGUUUGUUCAAGUCUUUAGCUUCCAUAUAGUAUUAAUACAGUUGGAAUGAUUGUUUAAUAAAUUACUGAGUAUGGGGAAGAUAAGAGAAAGAAGCUAAGAAUUAUAAACUCAUUUAUGUAGAGAAAAUAAAUACCAUUUAAUUUAUAAAAUGAAGUAAGAUAAUACUUGAAUUAUUUUUGGUAAUUAGACAAAGAGUAAGAUGCUUAGGAUGUAGAUUUUAUAAUAAAUUAAUUGUCUGAAAUGCUAAAAAAUAAAUUAGUAUAGGAAUCUAAUUCUAUAAUAUUAAAUUAAUGUGCUUUAUUUAGAUAUAGAUUUACUGCAGCAUUUAAGGCAGAACUUAUAAAAUCUUUAAAAAGAAAGAUUUUGCCUCCUGAAACAUUGGUAGCUCAGAAAAAUUAAUUGGUUUAUAUUGAAUAAGGAAAAAUAGAUUUAUAUGGAGAUAGAAAGUGCAAUAUGAAACUUGCAUCUUUUUCUAAAGGCACAACACUAGGCUUAAUAUCCUUUUUAUUAGAUUGUGAUAAACCAGAAACAUAUAAAAGUCAUGGAUUUUCAUUGGUUAUGACUUUAUCAUAAAAAAAGUUCUUGAAAAUUUUAACAAAAUAUCCAGCUGAUUAUGAAAUAUAUUGUUAAAUAAAGGAUUAUUUGAUAUUUAAUGGGAAUGAAACUAGUAUAUUCCCAAGGAGUUGUUAUAUUUGCAAAUCAAAUUAACAUUAUUCAAAGGAUUGUCCUUAAGUUCAUUAUGUAGCAGACAGAGAAAAAAUAAUUAAAUAAUUGACAAUUGAUAAAUAAUAAACAAGAGCAUUUGCCUUUCGAAAGAGAGGUAGGAUCAAUUAAUAUGGAAAAGAUAUGAAAUAAUCACUAGAGAAAAAUGCAUUUAUUAUUUAAUAGUAAAAUAGUGAUAUUGUUCGUUUAUAUGAUUUACCAGAGAAAAUAGAUGAUCAAAUAAGAAUCAAUAAUUUGGAUUGUUAUAAAAAUAUCAAGUUGGGAAUAAAAGACAAUUAGUUAAAUAAAAAGAAAUUUUAAUAAUUGGUUCGUAAAGUAGUUUUGAUUAAUAAAUCAUAUCCUCAAUUUAUUAUAAAUGCAUUUUAAUCGUUCAGAGCAAGCACUAACUAUUUUAGCAUAUUUUCAUAAUUGAAAUAGAUGUAGAUUAGAUAUGAUUAUUUAAAAUAAAUUGGAGGAAUAGAUUUACAUUUAUUAGAGACAUUAGAUUUCUAUAUAAAGAAAAAUAUAGAAACACCAUUAAUCACAAAGCUGGAAUUAGAUUCACCUAAGAAUUUUAUCCAUUACAAUCCUAAAUGUAAUUUUGAUAAUGUCAAUAUUAAUCAAGAUAAAAAUAAAAUAAGAAUUAUUACAUAGUUUUUGUAUUAUGUUUUGUAUCCAGCUUAAAUAAUAAGAUAAGUUCAUGCUACAAAAUGUACAGUGGAUUUAAUUACAUAUAAAAGAAGGAACAAUAUUAUAAAGACAUGA